AUGCUUCACGUGACCAGGAGGGUAUGGAGCUGCUACGUGCCGGUUGUUGGCGGUGCGUUCCUGUUGGACACGCUGUAUGGCUCUAAAUACAGUCCACAUAUUGGCGUGUGCAACCUGCCGUAUGUGUAUGUGAAGACGGUGCUUUUUUGCACCUCUCAGAGUGGGUCGCAGGAGAGGGAGCGCAACUACGUCCUUGGGCUCAUCGAUCACCUAAUUCCUUUUACUGCGUUGCGUGACGAGCAAACAAAGCUAGAGUUGGUGCAGUUUGUAGACGCGAUGACGUCCCGGCCAAAUCCCGGUUCUACCUCAGCUAAUAUGAUGGUAACGUCUGGGGCUGAGAGGCAGCGGCGGAAUGAGCCGGCUACAGUUGGAGAGUUGACAUCUCAGGUGCAUUCCACAACGCGAGGGUCCAACAGCAGCAGCCCUCCGCAGGUGUCAGAAAAUGUGGCUUCCUUUCUCUCAGGUGCGCUUCUCCCAACAGCUCUGGCGCGCGUUCUGUUGUACGAUGCGAUGUGCGUCUGUGUGGCGGAUGGCGAGUACGACGACGCGGAGCGGGAUCGGGUGUCACAUGUGGCAGCGAAGCUCGGCAUCCCGCAUCAUGUACGGGAGGCCAUUGAGAAGGUGGUUGUGCAGGAGCACCAGCUGGCUGUGCGCAAGCGGCAGUUUCUUCUGCUGAGCGAUGUUCCGCCUCCACGCUGA